GCCCAGGGCCGGGCGCCGGCAGUGGCGGGCUGCGGGGCCGGGCAGGGAGUCGCAUGGAGCCCCCGGCGGCGGACGGCCGCUUCCUGGGCGACUUGGGUUUCUGGGUGGAGCGGACGCCCGUGCACGAGGCCGCGCAGCGGGGCGAGAGCCUGCAGCUGCAGCAGCUGAUCGAGAGCGGGGCCUGCGUGAACCAGGUCACCGUGGACUCCAUCACGCCCCUGCACGCGGCCAGUCUGCAGGGCCAGGCGCGGUGCGUGCAGCUGCUGCUGGCGGCCGGGGCCCAGGUGGACGCCCGCAACAUCGAUGGCAGCACCCCCCUCUGCGACGCCUGCGCCUCGGGGAGCAUCGAGUGCGUGAAGCUCUUGCUGUCCUACGGGGCCAAGGUCAACCCGCCCCUGUACACGGCGUCCCCGCUGCACGAGGCCUGCAUGAGCGGGAGCUCCGAAUGCGUGAGGCUGCUGAUCGACGUGGGGGCCAACCUGGAAGCGCACGACUGCCACUUCGGGACCCCCCUGCACGUCGCCUGCGCCCGUGAGCAUCUGGACUGUGUCAAGGUGCUGCUCAACGCAGGGGCCAAUGUGAAUGCGGCGAAACUUCACGAGACGGCCCUUCAUCACGCGGCCAAGGUGAAGAACGUCGACCUCAUCGAGAUGCUCGUGGAAUUUGGAGGGAACAUCUACGCCCGGGACAACCGCGGGAAGAAGCCGUCGGACUAUACGUGGAGCAGCAGUGCCCCCGCCAAGUGCCUCGAGUACUACGAGAAGACACCUCUGACCCUGUCGCAGCUCUGCAGGGUGAGCUUGCGGAAGGCCACGGGCGUCCGCGGGCUGGAGAAGAUCGCCAAGCUGAACAUCCCACCCCGGCUCAUCGAGUACCUCUCCUACAACUGAGCGCAGGCGCCGAGGCCGGUGCGCCGUGGCCGGCGGGCUGGAGGGGGUCCUGCCUGUUUGUCUGAAGGGUGUGAUCGCCGUAGGUAGAAAGACGCUCCGUUGAGUCCCUGUCGGCGGUCCUCUUCUCCCCGAAUCCUGGAGAAUAUUCCCAAGGCGCUGGGAAGGCCUGCGUCUCAGGGCACAGUGUGGAUGUGACCCUGCAGUCGUUCUCUGGAACCGCUGCUCUCCCUCCGGCAUGAGCCCAGCUGUCCUGUUUUCCGCUUUUCACAGACCGUCCUCAAAGGUACUCUCAGGACAGGUGGCUCGGGGAGCACGGAGGAAGCUGACCGGGCUGGGGACUGAGGGCAGCCUGCACAGGCGCACCCCGUCCCGGGCGCCCCCCACCCCAGGCACUGGCUGCCCUCCGUGCUCACGGGACGUGGGUUGUGCCCCAGAGACCCUGAGCAUGUGGCCUGGACAGCUGCUCUGCUGACAUCCUGCCGCCUGGACACUUUUUCUGGAGCAGUGGUUGGCACGUUCCAGGGCGCCCUGUGCCCAGGCGUGUCUGUCUCUCAGGGGCUUCGUACGGGUCUCGUGGGGGAAGGCUCCGGCUUUGCAUCCCCCACAGCUAGACGGUGUUUCUUAGAAGUUUGUCGUCAGUGUUAGGCCUCAAACUCUUUUAAAACGUUGAUGUAGGAAAAAAAAAAACUUUGCAGAGGACACAUGAGCCGUCCCGCUGAGGUUUUGUCAAGGAGCCAUUCGAACAAGCGGCAGCGCCGAGGUGUAUCCGGCACAUUCUCGCAGGCCGGCGUUUCCAGCAGAAAGGGCCGCUCCCAGACUCUUCGGGGUUGGUUUUCAUCGGUGCCUGCAGUCGCCAAGUGAAUUCUUCACCCGCCCUAAGUUCUGCUCACUCUCUGAAGCUCUCGCAUUAGCCGGAGAGGCUGCCAGUGCCCACCGGGCCCCGGGCCCCGCUUGCUUAUUCAUUUUACAGAUGCUCGUGGAACAGCUCUCGGGCGCCAGGCGUCCUUCCAGCUCUUUGAGCUGCAAGGACUCCUCAGCCAAGGCAGGGAAAGAAAAUGUUUCACAGUCCUGUCCUGUAAUAAUAGAAACAAGCAAUUCUGCAUUGGAAGCCACAGGUGGAACAUUAAGGGGCAUACAUAUUCAGACUGCAUUGGCCUUUCUAAGCGUCUGUAUUUUCAUUUAAAAAAAAAAAAAGCACCCCCAACAGGGAGUUACACUGGAGGAAUGUCGCAGCAUGAGUUCGGGUAUGUCUGUUCUCUGGGGAAUGGAGAAGGCAUCCCUUGCAGGGCAGGCCUGUCCCCCCUGGAGACAGCGCCCAGACGUGGGAUCAUGGUGGUCUCCAGACCAGGCCUCCCACCUUCCUGCCUCCGCCCCGUGUCCUGGGGCCGCCCUCCGGAUAUGGACUUUCUCUGGGGAGACAGACACCACCCCAGGGACCGGGUGACGAGGUUGUAGGUCCUCCUUCCCCUGUAAGCAGGGCUGCGCCUGCCCCCAGAGCGUGGGGAGCACAGGAGCCCCAGCUGGCCAAGGCUGCCGGCCGCGCUGCACAGCCAGAGGGCUCUCUCCACAUGGUUAGGUGCUGGGGGUUUGGGGACACAUGGCUGGUGAAGAAUGUCACACUAGCUGCCACGGGUCUUCCUUCUCCGGGGUCCUAGUUCCAGCCGUUGCCACGGUCAGGCUUCUGUGACACAGAGGAGGAGAGCCAGUCCCACUCGCGUACAGGGUUGGGUGUGAUGUCCGGAUAAGUCCAUGUUUCUGCAUGGAACAGUAAUUUUAAAAAGCACUGGGUUCUGCGCCUUUCACUUGGUGACAGAGUCGGGCCUCCAGCAGUGACAUCCAGUAACGUCUCACAGUGCAGCACUGGGUGCAGCGUCGGGUCCCCAUGGUCAUUGCUCAAUAAAAGCGGUCGAUGAAGUUCA